CCGACCGCGCUUGUGCAACGUACUGUUGCGUAAAUCACAGUUACGAUACGAAUACGAUUAAAUAUAGCAGCAUGAGUCAGUGAUAUUGUGAAUGGUUUGCAGUUUUUAUCCUACAAAUAUUAUAGCAAUCCCAAUCAAGUAAUAUCAAACGUUAACAUCAUAAGCAGCAAGUGCCUCAGUUAUUCAAAUACCAGCAACGCAGACAGUCGUGUCAAAAUGGCGAGGAGUUUGCGUCUACUCAAACGGACAUUUAAUAAGAUUAAUGAAUCUAGUGUUAGAUAUAACAGUGUAUGGACGAGUGAUGGAAUAAUAAAUUCGCCUUAUGAAAAAAUUAAGGACAUACCAAAUAUAACAAUUUACGAAUAUAUUUGGCAAAAUUUGGACAAAUGGCCCGAAAGAACAGCUUCGAUAUGUUCAGUCACUGGACGCGGAUACACCUAUGAACAAGCAUUCAAAUUGUCAAAUACAUUCGCUGCUAAUCUCAGGAGAAAAUUCAAGAUUCGUGAUGGCGACACAGUUGCGGUUAUCCUGCCGAAUGUUCCCGAUUUUCCAUUGGUUGCUUUGGGUAUUUUGGAAGCUGGAGGAGUUAUUACAACCGUCAAUCCUAUUUACACUGCACAUGAAAUCCAACGUCAACUUCUGAUGUCUGAUGCAAAAGUUGUUGUGACACUCCCAGAUAAAGUUGGUGUUGUUCGAGAUGCUUUGAAAAUAGCCAAACUUAAUUUACCAAUAAUAGUUGUCAAAACUAACGGAGAAUCCAUAACUGAUGGAACGAUAGCAUUUAAUGAACUAAGCGAAGAUGUUCACGUUGACAAAUCGUGUCUAAAAGAAGUAAAAAGAAAUAUAAAUGACAUUUGCUUUCUCCCUUAUUCAAGUGGAACCACUGGGCUACCGAAAGGAGUGGAGUUGACACAUAAGAACAUUAUUGCUAAUUGCGAACAAAUUAAUGAGCCAAAGAUAAUGUGUCACAAUGAAACUACAGCAAAACAUCAAGAUUCAGUUUUAGCGGUUCUGCCAUACUUCCAUAUUUAUUCAGCAUCGGUUCUGAUGUUCCACAAGAUGUCGCAGGGAAUCAAGUUGGUUGCGGUUCCGAAAUUUCAGCCAGAGGCAUUUCUACACGCUCUUGAAAAGUUCAAAAUUAAUAUCCUGUUCUGUGCUCCUCCAAUAGUGUUUCUGAUGGCAUCACACCCGGCGGCGAAUGCAAAGACAUACCAAUAUUUAGACAUAGUAAUAAAUGGUGCGGCUCCCAUAGCAGCAUCUGAUGCUGAUAGAUUUCUUGCUAAAGUAGAGAGAAACAUCCGUUUUGGACAAGGAUAUGGCCUGACGGAAACUUCACCGGUUGUGUGUAUAGGAGAAAGGGGAUGUUCAGACUAUAGUGUUGUUGGCAACGCUGUACCCAGUACGGAGCUUAAAAUUGUCGACCAAGACUUGAAGGCUUUGGGACCUAAUCAGCUCGGUGAACUUCUGAUUCGAGGACCGCAAGUCAUGAGAGGAUACAGGAAUAAUCCUGAAGCGAACGCUGCGACAUUCAGCGAUGACUGGUUUAGAAGUGGUGACGUCGCCGUCGCCGAUGAGAAUGGAGUCAUCAAAAUUGUUGAUAGAUUUAAAGAGCUUAUCAAGGUGAAAGGAUUCCAAGUGCCUCCAGCUGAGCUAGAGGCAGUUCUUCGCGAGCAUCCUUCAGUGAAAGAUGCGGCCGUGAUUGGAGUUCCACAUUCCAGCAAGGGAGAGGCACCGAAGGCAUUUAUAGUACUUAAAAACGACGCCAAAGCCGAUGUUAAAGACAUCACCAGUUUUGUCAACGAGAGGGUAGCUUCAUAUAAACAAGUUAAUGACGUGGUGUUCAUAGACUCUAUACCGAAAACAGCAUCAGGAAAGAUACUCAGAAAGGAUUUGAAGGAGAUGAAUUGAUUUUAAGAAUUGAUUUUAUUGAUAUUUUAUAGGCUUUUUUUAUACGUGUUGAAAUUGUUAUAUUAAAGAAAAAUAUAUUUCUUUAAAGCGAAAAUACUAACUGAGAAUAGAAAGUUAACUUGGGACCAUUUCGUAUUAAAGUUACUUUUACGUAACAAAAACAUCUUCAUACUCAAGUUUAAAUAGCCAUAUCUACCAAUAGACAAAGCUAGCGUUUUUAGGAACUAACAAACACAUUUAAUGAAACAUCAGUUUAGACACAAAAUAGAUAAUAAAUAAUCUAAGAAUAUAAUUAUUUAUUUAUUUAUAAAUUCUACAACAUCAUACAUAUUACGAAAUCUACUGAUAAUUUUAUAAAAUCUUUUAUCUAAUUUGUACGACAAUAUAUUAUGUAAACAUAAGUUUUGCUAAAAAUAGGAAUUAAAAAAAAAUACAAUUAAAAACAUAAACAAGAUUACACAAUAAAAUAAAAUAAAAUUACCAAUAAUGUUGGUACUUAGAGUAGAGAGAAAAAAAUCAUCAGCAUAUUUGCUUACCUUGCAACUAAAGUCUUAAGCCAAUUGACAAACAAAAAAAAAGACAAUAAUUAAUAAUAUUGAAUAUCUUGGAAGCAGGUUGUUUCAGCAUUUGUAUCGGAAACUAGAAAAUAAUUGAAUUUCGUUCACCAGCCAAAUUCGAAGAUCUAUAAGAUCUAUUAAAGGGACCAAUUUUUAUUAUUGAAUUGUACUAAAAAAAUCUUAUAUCAAAUAAGAGUAAAUGAAUUAUAUUUUUAUAAAGGUAUUAAUAUAUUUCACUGUUGUGGUAUAA